GAGCCUUCGCCCAGUACGUGCACAAAAAAUACACCAUGGCAUCAAUACCACCUGCACGAAUAGCGCGUAUAGUCAGCACCCGCUGCUCAAUAUUCGAGACAUUCUAUAAUCCACAGUCUCUACGGACUGGUGCCAAAUAUCUCCGGGCCCGCCUUCGUGGUCCAUCUAUGGUCAAAUACUACCCUCAGGAAAUAAAUAUUGCUAAAGCAAUAAGGGCAUACCCUGAGCUGGAGAUGGUCAACAAAGCUGAGGUACAGAGAUUGCAGGAUGUUGAGGAUAAGAAGAAGAGAGGCAAAGGUGCUCCCAAAAAGGCGAAGGAUAAGGCUGACAGUCGCAGGGCAACCAGAAAGCGAUAGAGGAUUUUCAUAUCUCAUCAUACAGUUUUUCUUUCUCGUGCUACUUUGUAUCGACCUUCCCAUUACUGCCGCUAAUAAUAACCAAACCGCAUAC